AUGGAAAAUCCCAGUCCAAGGGGGAAAGAACACUGCAAGGCUAUCAUGCUUAGGAGUGGUAAACGAACUAUCAAGCCGACUACAGACUCUAUUGUAGCACCAGACAAAGAGCUUUUCGAUAUACUAGGCAAAGAAGUUCCACAAAUUGUCACUUCUAUGCGUAAUGUCCAACCUUCAAAACUGUCGACAAAACCAAAGGUGUCAACUCAAUCAGAUGUAUCUCUACCCUUACCUUUUCCAAAAAGAUUCAAGGAGAAUGAGCAGAAUAAGCAGAAAUUUAUGAAAGAGCUCUUGUCCAAGAAGAAGAAGCUCAGUGAUAUGGAAGCUAUUGCACUCACAGAGGGCUGUAGCACUUUUUUGACAAAUAAGUUUCCCUCAAAAAUGAAUGAUACUAAGAGCUUUACUAUCCCAUGUUCAAUUGGCAAUCAUUAUUUGUGCAAGGCAUUAUGCAACUUGGGAUCUAGCAUCAACCUAAUGCUGCUAUCAACUUUUACAAAGUUGGGAAUUGGUCACAUGAAACCUACUGUAGUGACAUUGCAACUAGCUGAUCGAUUCUUGGCUCAACCUGAAGGGCAAAUCAAAGAUAUCUUAGUUCCUGUGGAUAAAUUCAUUUUUUCAGCUGAUUUUAUCAUACUUGACUGUGAGAUAGACAAUGAGGUUCCCAUAAUCUUGGGACGACCAUUUUUAACCACCGGACGAAUUCUUAUUGAUGUUUACAAAGUUAUUGUCUCCACAACACUGGAUGCAACUCAAGAAGAGAAAUUGGUCCAUAUUCUUAAGAAACAUACACGAGCUAUUGCUUGGAGUAUUGUUGAUAUCCAAGGCAUUAGUCCAUCUUUUUGCAUGCACAAGAUCAAGUGUCAAGAUGAAGCGAAGGAGUCAAUUGAGAAACAAAGAAGAUUAAAUGAGAAUAUGAAGGAAGUUGUUAAGAAAGAAAUUAUAAAGUCGCUUAAUGUUGGAAUUAUCUACCCUAUUUCUAAUAGCAAUUGGGUAACUCCAGUGCAAUGCGUUCAUAAAAAAGUGGCAUCAUAG